AUGACUACCGCAGCUUUCAGCGGCACCCAGACCAGCGGCAAUAACUUCUCAAACCCUACCUCCAUGGCUACUGGCAAGUCCGGUAUCCCAUCUCAGGACGCCUCAAGUAUUGGUACUGGCGCUUCCUCCACUGACGCCAAUCCUAACGAGACAGACGUCGACCUGGCUAACUGGGGUAUGUAUUUGUGUCUGCCUUAG